UAGUCCACGCUGCUUGGUCUUCUGCACGUUAUAUAUAUACUUUAAACAACCGUACCUACGGAAGGGAUUUAUUUCAUUAUGACUUACUUAAUGGAGGAUUAUUUUACACUAAUUCGCCAUAUGUACAAGAAGUAACAUAUAUUGGUAAGGGGAUUCAAGAUAAUCCCACUCACCUAUUUUUAAUAACUAUGGAUGGAUACAUGGAAGAUUGCACUAUGAUGUUUAGGACAGAAAUAGGUCAGAAUUACUCCAGCACGUCACCAGCUAGACACUUUUGCUCUAAAUCAAAUUCAUUACAACCGUUUACAUUUAAUAUGACGUCUGUCAAUAUUUAUUCUGGUGAUCCUCCUAACCCUGACCACCCUAUUGCACCUAGUGUUGUCAUAGGAUAUUGUUCCUUAGGAAUAAAUAUUGAUAAUCAUAAUAGCAUUACACCCACUACGAAUGCUUUCGAAUGCCUUGAUCAAUUAACCUCAAAACCUCUUGGAACUCAUUUUGGGCUUGUUCAAAUUGGAAAUGAUGUGUCAAACUUUUUUGAUAUUAAUGAUUAUUCACCCUCUACGAUUUCCCUAGCUAAUGCAGUAAACAAUUUUGCUCAAAUAGUCAAUUCGGUUUUUCUCGGUGCACAAGACGGCUCUAAUAAUGCGAUAAAUAAUAUAGACGAUAUUAGAGCUAAACUUACUCCAGAAAAAAUUAAUAAAACACCAGAUUUAGUUUUUGAAAUUGUACUAGGAAUAUAUGUUAGCCUGAUGGGCACAGCAGUAGCUGCAUUAGGUCCGAGUGCAAUAGCAGGUGAAGUAGUUACAGCAGAAGUGGGUGCAGGAGUGGGUGCAGAAACGGAUGCAGUUUAUGUUGAAAAUGAAGCUAUUGUAGCUGAGGAAAAUUUUGGUAACGAAUUGACCUCAUACGCAGAAGAAGUUGAACAGGAAGUAGGGGGAUUAGAAAACGAAGUUCCAAAAAUUAACGAAUAUGCCGAGGAUCAUUUAAAUAAAGCCGAGCUUUCACUUUCGCGUAAUAAUUUGGAUGGUUUAUAUGAAAAUUUACAAAAAAGUAAGGAGGCUAUUGAGGAACUUAAAAAACUUGGUGCAUUAGAAGAAAAUUUAGAAUAUCGUUAUUUUAAUAUUUACUGGAGAUCAUUUGAUAGAUUUGCUAAUGCCCAAGUCCAAAUGUCUCCUAGAAUGAGAGGGACUACAUCGGCUAUGGAACUUGUGCAGAGAGCAUUAGGUUCUGGAUCUAAAUUUAGUCCAUCAGCAUUGAGGGGACCAUGGCGACCGUCCGAGAUCACUCCUGCAGAAGAAAGUCCUGGAAAUAUAAAAAGGGAUUUGUUAAAUAAUAAAAUAGGAGGAACUAUUGAUUUAGAAACGAUAUCUUUGAAAGAAGUCAUGUACGAUCUCGCAAAUAAUUUUAGUCAAUCAAUUUCUAUUGAUGAUUUUAAAGAUCAAGUUAAAAAUGUACUAUCGACAAUUAGCACGGAACUUAAAAAUAAUAUUGCUACCGAUCUUAAUGGAAGCGAUAUUUCUAUCUUGGAUAAUUUCAUUAAACCCAAGUUAGGAGUUACUAAUGAUUAUGGUAAAAGUUUAACUAGUACUAUGGCAAAGGAUUUUCUGACAGCGCGUAUAACAAGUAUAGUUAUGACAGGAUUUGGUGCUGUCAUAUGUAAUAAUGAUGUUGCACACGAAUGUGAAGAAUAUCAGUGCUCUUGUAAUACACCUAUUGGCGAUAAUAAUAAAACUUGUAUAUUUGCAGGUGGAUUUGGACCUAAUAAUGCUGGAACUUAUUAUGGGUAUAGAGAUUCACAUUUAAAUCUAAUUAAACAGUGGAACAAUGUGGCAGGCAUUUGCCAAAAUGUCAAUGGUUGGCAAUUCAAUUAUGAUACUUGUGAAGGAUAUUACAGACAUGACAAAUGCAAAUCAGCUUGCAAGGGAAAAAAUAAAAGAUCUACUAAAUAUCUAAGUUGUGCAGCAACACAGAAUUAA